AUGACCGAGUUUAUAUCGUCAUCGUUCCAGAAGUCCACAUCAUUAAACUACAACACAGUUCAAAAGGAGCAGUUUCAAGCGCAGCUCAAGGACCUCAUAAACAAGGCUAUAUCUGAAAACAAGAUUUUACGCAAUGAUUGGUCGAAACAGACGUUACCGAUAUUUGCUGGAAAGCCGUUUGAAAGACCCACACUAGCAUGCGACUCCCUAAGGCCUACACGCAGCGGAGUAACCCUCUCGUUGAAAUCCACAGACACGCACAAACGGGCCAAAAAUGUUUUCGCAGAGGAGAACAAUGUUCCAGAGUAUUCUGCAAAAACCCCGAAUUCAACGAAAACAAGCAGGAUCCCUGCGUUAAUCCCUAGUAUCGGUUCGACCGGCAGUUCGACCGGCAGUUCAGCUAGCAGUUCAACGAACAGCUCGAAAAGACCAGCGCUAGAAGCCAGAAUAGCGCCCAUGGAAAAAGUGAAAAAGAAGAAAUCGGACGUGAUGCUCUCUGAGGACCGGAAGAAACUGCGGGCUCAGAGGUUUGAAAGAGAAUUAUCAACACCUCCACCUCAGUUUGGACCUAGCGAUGAUACAGUCGAGAAAGACGAGAUUGACCAGGCCAGACCAAUCAUUGGUACUAACCAGACUCUAGAGAAAAAGUAUUUGAGACUCACCUCACAGCCUUUGCCGGAAAACGUUCGACCAAUUGGGGUCUUGGAAAAGACCCUGAAAAUGCUUACUAACAAAUACCUUUCGGGAUCGGGCACCUAUCCAUACCUGUGUGAUCAGUUGAAGUCUAUACGACAAGAUCUAACUGUACAGCAUAUAAGAACCCUGUUCACUAUAGAGAUCUACGAAUUUCAUGCCAAACUCGCCAUUGAAUUCAAAGACCUUGGUGAGUUCAAUCAAUGUGAAUCUCAACUCAAGCAGUUGUACGAGACCGCAGACACCUCAGUAGAGGAACACUUCAGCCAGCCAGAGUAUAUGAGCUACUUGAUCCUCUAUCAUGUUAUCACCAGCAAUUAUCAGGAGGUGUUCAUGCUGAAGCUGAAGUAUCAGCACAUGAAGAAUAACUUCUUCUUUGAUUUGACAUACAAGAUUGUGGACUACUGUUUGGCAGAUAACUACUUUGAACUGUUUAAACUGUAUGCCAUGUUAAAGAAUACAGUUAACACAAGCUCCUCAGGCCUGAAUCCACCACCGAUACACGCUUCUAAGAGCUGGCUGAAAUUGAAGAAACAUCCUCUUUGGUUUUACUUGCAAUUGCUUGAGAUGAUAGUCUCCAAGGAGCGCAUUAAAACAUUGGCUACCAUUUGCAAGGCAUACAGGAUGAUAUCGCUAGAGUUUUUGAGUGCACAAUUGGGGUUCGACAGCCAGAAAGACUUGGAGGAGUACCUGGAGAAAUUGCAGAUCAAAGAGUUCCAGACAAAUGAGACUCUGGAGUGUUUCAAGUGCAAACACGUCGUGGAGACCGCAAAAGGCAGGCUGUACAACAGAGUGGACAUCAAGGGACAGAUAUGA